CACAUUUCUUUAUUAUCUAUGUUUACUACCUCUUACUAUUAAAGUUAAUCUUUUCACAACUUUUAAUUAAUUGUGUUUUCUGAUUUUCCAAUAAAUCUGAUUUGAAUGAACCAAUCUAUUGCCAAAUCUGUUAUAAUUAGUUUGUAAACUGUUGGUUUAAGUAAAGAAAUAUCAAGAUGCAUCUUACAAAGAGAUUCAUUCUCAAUUAACUCAAGAAGAGCCCCCACAAAGGGAGUAGGAUUAUCAUUAAAGUAAACAAAAAUAACAUCAGCAGCAACAACAAAGCAAACACCAAACGAAAACAAAGAAGUCAAUUCUAAAUUCCAGAUAACCCGUUCUAAGGAUCUUUCAUAAUUUAUUGAGAUAAUCAUUGGCUUUGUUAUUAUAAUAUGAUAAAAUGGACGAACCAACUCUUUACGAGAAAUUUUGUGGUGAACCGCAAUUCAAUGUGUUCACUGGAUAUUCUCUUGAUUAUUGUUUCCUCCAGAUGAUAAUUGAGAUACCACUUCACUUCUUCAUAGCUCUAGUCUCAACGUUAUUGUUAUCAACCCUCACAAUUCCUGACCAUGUUUAUAUAAAGCAAAAUUGGCCCAAAUGGGUUGCUCAUGGCUUUAGGUUAAUCCUAACUCUGACUGUGAUAAACUUAAUUCUUCUUGAAUAUUGGUCUCUACCUGAUGGCAAACAUCCUCCCGAUAUUGCUAUAAUUUCCAUUGGAAUCAAGAUAAUUGCUUGGUUCAUGGUAUCUCUUGUAUCAUAUAGAAUUAUAAAAUUCUCACCGUUAACCAAAUUAGUCAACUUAUCAUCGCUCAUGGUUCUCAUGUUUUCAGCGCUUAUUUCAAAUGGGUUGCACCUUGACUGGGUUCUAAAUAACCGCACCUUAUCUUCAUCGUAUAGUCAAUAUACUACCAUAAUUGCUUCACUAGUUAUAGCAAUCAAUCUAAUAUUUAUUUUAACUUUAUGGCCACGAUUUAAUCGAUGGCGAAUCUUCAAGGAGCAAUUAUACGAUACUGACUUGCAGAAUCUUCUCUCACAAUCUCAUCCAAUGUCCACAUCUUUUUCCGCAUCUUUUUCCCUCGAUAACCACCAAACUUGUAGUUUACCAAGUCGUUUCUUCUUUUAUUGGGUAAACCCUUUACUUACCAAAGGAUACAAGCAGAAGAUCAAAAGUCACAACGAUCUUUUUCCCUUACCUUCAAGUCUUUCAACAAAUACAUCUUAUGAAAGGCUAAUUCAACAUAUCGUACCGAAUGAGUCUGGCUUAAAUCAUCCAUACAACAAAUUUAGCCUGGUUCUUUGGAAAAGUUUAUUCAAAGCAUUUGGGCGACCAGCCUUCAUUACUGCAUUUUUCAAAAUUGUCGCUGAUAUCUUUUACUUUGGUGGCCCUUUGAUCCUCGAAAGAUUGAUUCUCUAUAUUGAAGAUGAAACUUCAACUCCUAGUAACGAAGGUUUUUAUUACUGUGCUUUUCUUCUUGGCUCAACUCUUGUAUCUUCUAUUAGUAUCAGUUUAUACAACUUUCAAUCCGCAAAUAUUUCCCUUAAAAUAACGAGUAGCAUAAGCAAACUACUCUAUCGAAAGCUUUUGAAUGUUCGCAGUGACUCGAUGGCAUCAACAUUCAGCAGUGGUGAGAUUAUUAACUUUCUCAGCACAGAUACUGGUCGAGUUACAAACUUUUAUCCGUCAAUGGUUGCUUUCCUUACUCUUCCAUUGCAACUUGUGGUGACUUUAUAUUUACUCUAUUCCCAGCUGGGUCUUGCAUUUUUAGCCGGAUUACUCCUUACGCUUAUCAUAAUUCCAGUGAAUAAAGUUAUCUGCGAUAAAAUUGGUUCACUGAAUGUUCAUCUUCUCAAAUGGAAAGACAAGCGAAUCAAACUAAUGUCAGAAAUGUUAACAGGAAUCCGUCUGGUCAAAAUGCAAGCAUGGGAAAAUGUAUUUGAAGCUGAGAUCAUAAAAUUGAGAAACGAGGAAAUGAAAUACAUGCGAAAGAUUAAAUAUCUGGAUGCUCUUUGUGUGUACUUUUGGGCUACAACACCGGUUCUUAUUUCACUGUCAACUUUUGCCACUUAUGUACUUCUUGGAAACCAUUUAACUGCUUCUAGAGUAUUCACAAGUCUGGCUCUGUUCAAUAUGUUGAUUAAUCCAUUGAAUGCUUUACCCUGGGUUCUAAAUGGUCUGAUAGAGGCUUGUAUUUCUGCUAAACGAAUCCAAAAAUUUCUCGAUAUCAAAGAAAUGAACCUUUCUACUCACUAUACUGGAUGUCUUAAGGGUGAAACAAAACUCAAUAGUGUCGGUAGCUUUUUCAAAAGAGAUACUAUCACACUUGAUCAUCGAUUCACACUCGGGCCUAUAGAUUUAAUCGUCAAGUCAGGAGAUUACGUUGGGAUUGCGGGCUCCGUUGGCUCUGGUAAAAGCUCACUGUUUAGUGCUAUUAUUGGAGAAAUGAGUAGAGCAUCUGGAACUUUUCAAAUAAAUGAUCAUGAUUUAAUUAAAGGAAUUGGAUACGUGCCUCAGGACCCUUGGAUUCAAAAUACGUCUAUAAGAGAAAACAUUCUAUUCGGCAGUAUCUUUGAUCCUAUUAAAUAUAAAUCUGUGAUUGAUGCCUGUGCUCUUGUUGAAGAUUUCAAGAUUUUUCCAAAUGGUGAUGCCACAAUAGUUGGGGACCGUGGAGUUACUUUAAGCGGUGGCCAAAAAGCUCGCAUAGCACUUGCGAGAGCUGUUUACCAAGAUUUUGAUAUUUAUCUCCUUGAUGAUCCUUAUUCUAGCGUUGAUGCUCAUGUUGCUGACCAUAUUAAAACUAAAUGCAUCGAUGGUUUACUCUCAUCUAAAACUAAGCUUCUUUCCACUCAUCACACUGAAUAUCUUACCAAUGCCCAGUUAAUUGUUGUCAUGGAUAACGGGUUAAUGAUGGAAAAAGGGAACUCUGGUAUACUUGCUUAUGUUAAGCCCAAAGAUACCGUUGCUUCAGUUCCUGACAAGAAAGAAUUUUCAGAGUCUGUAGAAAGGGUGGAAAAACCUUCAGAAGAAGCAAUGGAAAAGGGAACAGUUAAAUUUGAUAUUUAUCGUCAUUAUUGGAAAUCUGUUGGUCCAUGGCUUUCCCCAUUCAUCUUAAUUCUUUUCACUUUCAUGCAAAUAUCUCGAACUGCUUCAGACUGGUGGCUAAGUCAUUGGACUACUGCGAUCAAAAAUUCAACUUCAAGUUUAUCUGGAGCUGAUACGUAUCUCGGAGUUUUUGCUGGGAUAUCCAUCAUUAACUCGUUGUUUUCUCUAUUUCGUGCAUUUUUCUUUGCGUAUGGAGGGAUCGCCGCUUCUAAGGCUAUCCAUUCAAUUUUGCUCAAAAGUACAUUAACAUCGACAAUCUCAUUUUUCGACACAACUGCAUUUGGUAGAAUCAUUAAUCGUUUUUCAUCUGACAUCACUAAUGUCGAUGAUGGCUUACCUUUCAAUUUAAAUAUACUUCUCAGCCAAAUAUUUGGUCUGGCAGCUUCUUUAUUUAUUACAAUUUAUGGUAUUCCUUGGACUGCAUUUGCUGUACUGCCUUUGUUUAUCCCUUAUUUUUUUAUUCAGAAAUAUUAUCGUUGGACUUCCCGAGAUAUGAAACGUCUUUGCGCUGUCAGUCUUUCACCAGUUUACCACCAAUUAGCUGAAACCAUUCAAGGUGUUAGCACUAUCCGUGCUUUUGCUGCGACUUCAAGGUUUAUCACUGACUUUGUCGAUAAAAUUGAUGUUUCAAAUACUUGUCAAUAUGCAUUUUCAGCUGCUUCACAAUGGUUAAACAUUCGCCUUCAGGUUCUUGGAGUCAUUUUCUCUUGUGCGGUUGCACUAACCGCUGUUAUUUUACAUUACUUUGCUCUGGUUGAAGUUAAUGCUGGACUUGUUGGUCUUGCGUUGGCCUAUUCAUUAACAAUUACUGGGUUACUCAAUGGUUUUGUUCAAACUUUUUCUCAAGUAGAAGUCGACAUGAUCUCAGUAGAAAGAAUUCAACAAUUUGUUCGGUCGAUUGGUAAAGAAGAUGAUGAUGGACAUCGCCCUGAACAUUGGCCAAAUAAGGGAGAAAUUAUUUUUGAACAAGUUUCUCUUCGAUACAAACCAGAAUCACCUUUAGCCUUGAAUCAAAUAACAAUAACGAUUGAACCUCGUCAACACAUCGGUAUAAUUGGGCGAACAGGGUCGGGAAAGUCAACUCUUCUUCAAACACUAUUUAGACUGAAAGAUCUCGAAAAUGGUCGAAUCAUAAUUGAUGGAGUUGAUAUAAGUACUGUUAACGUUCGUCAUCUCAGGUCUUCAUUGUUCAUCGUCCCUCAAGAUAGUUACUUGUUCAGUGGCUCAAUUCGUCAUAACCUUGACCCUCUCCAUCGGCAUACAGAUGAUGAAAUUUGGAAAGCAUUAAGACAAUGUCAAGCCGAUUCUUUGGUUUUGAGUUUGGGAAGUCUUAAUGCAAUAAUAAGUGAGAAUGGACGUGACUUGAGCUUUGGUCAACGUCAGUUAAUUUGUUUAACUCGAGCUUUGCUCAGUCGAGCAAAGAUAAUUUGUUUUGAUGAAAUAACUUCUUCCAUUGAUCGUGAAACUGAUCAAGUACUAGAAAAGACAAUUCGCUCAAGCUUUAAACAUUCCACAAUUUUGACUGUUGCUCACAAGAUUGAAACCGUUCUCUACUGUGAUCGAGUUUUACUCAUGGAAGGAGGACGAAUAAUUGAAGACGGUAAUCCGCAAAAAUUGAAAAUGAAUACCAGCUCCAAGUUUUAUAAACUUUGGUCUGCAAUGAAUGCGAAAUGAACCAUUUUCAUUAGUAAUUUGUAAUACUUCAACCACCAAUCUGUUUUUUCUAAUAUUAUUUGCUUAUAUUGUUUUGUAUACGUAGAUGAACUAAUUACCAGCAUUUUUUCUUGUUACCAAAUCACAAUAAAGGUUAACUAAAAUAAAUUAAGUUUAAUCAGUA